AUGAAGUCGAGUACGAUCGCCUUCGUGCCCGUAAUCGCCCACGAACAAGCCCGCCUGCGCACAGACUGCUUCGCUCGCUCUCGUGAAGCCUACGUUAAUGGCGACGGUGCAGCAGCCCACAACCUGAGCGAGGCCGGCAAGCGCCACGGAGCCUCAAUGGAAAAGUACAAUGCUCAAGCCCGCGACUACAUAUUCCGCGCCAACAACGUGCACUUACCCCCCGAUACCAUAGACCUCCACGGAUUGUACGUCGAGGAGGCCGAGGAGAUCCUCGAGAAGAGGAUUGAUGCGGCGAGGGGUAGGAGGGAAGGGCACUUGAACGUUAUUGUGGGUAGGGGGAAUCAUUCGGUGGGUGGAGUUAGGAAGAUUGGGCCUGCGGUAAUGGAGUUGUGCAGGAAGCGGGGGCUGAAGGUUGAGGAGGAGGUGGGGAAUUGGGGGAAGUUGAUUGUUACGCUUGGACAGGGUGGGGGUGGAGAGCAGGGUUAUGGGAGGUAUGGAAAGCAGCAGCCACAUCACCAGCAACAACAGGGACCACCAAACGACUUGGAAGAGCCUGCCAGAAGGGCUGUCCCAAAGAUUUUCACAAAGCUCCAGGGUUGCUGUAUCAUUUGUUGA